AAUCAUAUAGGUUGAAAGUUCUACAUUCUAUAUAUUUCCCUAUAUUUCCUUCUUUUUCACUCACUCAAACUCCCACACACACAAUGCCACGGGUCGCUCUCAUCGUUGGGGUCACUGGCAUGGUGGGUGUAACCAUGACGGAGGUCUUGAAGAAGCCAACGACAUUAGGUGCUCCUUGGACGGUCUACGGUGUCUCACGACGGCCCUUACCCACCUGGUUUCCAUCUUCCUUCCUUGAUAAACACAUAAUUUUGGACACCCUAAACCAAGAAAACACACACAAAAUCCUCUCUCCACUCUCGACCCAAAUCACCCAUCUUUUCUGGUUAGCUAUAUAUGCCAACGAAAGUGAAGAUUUAAGCAUUUCCAUGAAUUCCACUAUGUUAUGCAAUGUCCUUCGUGCUUUGACUUCUUCACCAAAGUCAAGUCUUAGUCAUGUAGCAUUACAAACAGGCACAAAACAGUAUUUGGGACCGAUUUAUGAUCCUAUCCUUUCAAGCCAAAUACACCCUCAUGAACCACCUUUCAAAGAGGAUUACCCUAGAUUACAAUUUCCAAACUUUUACUAUGCUUUGGAAGAUAUUAUAUUUUCAUACUCAAAAUCUUUGACCUAUUCUAUACACCGCUCUUCCAUAAUCAUUGGUGCAUCUUCAAGAAGUUUUUAUAACGCACUUCUUACUCUCUCGGUGUAUGCUCUAGUCUGCAAACAUGAAAACUAUCCUUUCAGGUACUUGGGCAACGAGUUCACGUGGGGUCACUUUUGCGAUGCAUCUGAUGCUAGAGUGCUAGCCGAGCAGCAAAUAUGGGCUUCAGUUACAAACAGUGCUAAGAAUCAAGCUUUUAAUUGCACAAAUGGUGAUGUGUUUACAUGGAAAAUGUUGUGGAAAGUACUUUGUGAUGAGUUUGGUGUUGAGUUUGUGGCAUUAGAUGAGAAAGAUAAGUUAACUUAUGUGGACUUUAUGAAAGACAAAGGAGAAGUUUGGGAAAGAAUCGUGGAAGAAAAUGGAUUGUACAAGACCAAAAUGGAGGAGAUCACUUGCUUUGGCGCAACAGAUGCUGUUUUAAAUUUUCAGAUUCAACAUGUUUGCUGCAUGAAUAAGAGUCGAGAGUUUGGGUUUUUAGGACAUGCAAAUACACUUGCGAGCAUAAAAAUGUGGAUUGAGAAACUAAGACAAAUGAAAAUACUUCCGUAGAGGUGUGCUAUUCUCUUCAUCUCUUGUAUCUAUGAAACUCCAACUGAUUAAACAUUGUAAUGAAUGUCAGACUCUAAUACUCCAAAGAAUAUAUAUGUUGCUUGUACAAGUAUGUAAAAGUGGAUGGAGGCACACUCUAGUUUUCCGCUCCGGGGGGGGGGGGGGG